GGAAGUGGGCCCGGCACCUUCCCCGCAGGCUGCAGGGAUGGGGCUGCUGCGCUGGCUGCCGUUGCUGGCGCCGCUGCUGCUGCUGCGACCGCCGGGGGUCCAGUCCGCCGGCCCCAUUCGGGCCUUCGUGGUGCCCCACAGCCACAUGGACGUGGGCUGGGUCUACACGGUGCAGGAAAGCAUGCAGGCAUAUGCCGCCAAUGUCUACACGUCAGUGGUGGAAGAGCUGACCCGCAGGCAACAGCGUCGCUUCAUCGCCGUGGAACAGGAGUUUUUCCGGCUGUGGUGGGACGGCGUCGCCUCGGACCAGCAGAAACGCCAGGUCCACCAGCUCCUGGAGGAAGGACGCCUGGAGUUUGUCCUCGGAGGCCAGGUCAUGCAUGACGAGGCUGUGACACACCUUGAUGACCAGAUCCUGCAGCUCACAGAAGGACACGGGUUUCUCUAUGAAACAUUUGGGAUCCGGCCACAGUUCUCCUGGCACGUUGACCCGUUUGGCGCCUCUGCCACGACCCCCACCCUGUUUGCGCUGGCAGGGUUCAAUGCCCACCUCGGCUCCAGGAUCGACUACGACCUGAAGGCAGCCAUGCAGGAGGCCCAGGGGCUGCAGUUCGUGUGGCGAGGGUCCCGAUCCCUGUUGGAGCAGCAGGAGAUCUUCACACACGUCAUGGACCAGUACAGCUACUGCACCCCGUCCCACAUCCCUUUCUCCAACAGGUCAGGAUUUUACUGGAAUGGCGUGGCCGUCUUUCCCAAGCCGCCCCCAGAUGGGGUGUACCCCAACAUGAGUGAGCCCGUCACCCCAGCCAACAUCAACCUCUACGCUGAGGCCCUGGUGGCCAACGUGAAACAGAGAGCCGCCUGGUUCCGGACACCCCACGUCCUCUGGCCCUGGGGAUGUGACAAGCAGUUCUUCAAUGCCUCGGUGCAGUUCGCCAACAUGGACCCGCUGCUGGACCACAUCAACAGCCACGCUGCCGAGCUCGGCGUCUCAGUGCAGUAUGCCACGCUGAGUGACUACUUCCAUGCCCUGCACGCUCUUAAUGUCACCUGGCGUGUCCGCGAUCACCAUGACUUUCUGCCCUAUUCCACAGAACCUUUCCAGGCCUGGACAGGCUUCUACACGUCCCGCAGUGCACUGAAGGGGCUGGCCCGGCGAGCCAGCGCCUUGUUGUAUGCCGGGGAGUCCAUGUUCACGCGCUACAUGUGGCCAGCCCCCCGCGGGCAUCUGGACCCCGCCUGGGCCCUGCAGCAGCUCCAGCAGCUUCGCUGGGCCGUCUCCGAGGUCCAGCACCACGAUGCCAUCACUGGGACUGAGUCCCCCAAGGUGAGAGACAUGUAUGUGGCGCACCUGGCCUCGGGGAUGCUGGCCAUGCGCAAGCUGAUGGCGUCCAUCGUCCUGGACAAGCUCCGGCCCCAGGAAGCCACGACGGCCAGCUCCGGUGCACGGCCUACAGGACACUUUGCAUCGGUCUACAACCCGCUGGCCUGGACAGUCACCACCAUCGUCACCCUGACUGUUGGUUUCCCUGGAAUCCAGGUCACAGAUGAGGCGGGCCACCCAGUGCCCACACAGAUCCAGAACUCAACAGAAAUCCCAUCUGCAUACGACCUGCUUAUCCUGACCACAAUCCCAGGCCUCAGUUACCGGCACUAUAGCAUCAGACCUGCCACAGAGGCCCAGGAGGGCACCCAGGAGCCAGCUGCCACUGUGGCCAGCACCCUUCAAUUUGGCCGCAGGCUGAGGAAACGCACCAGCCAUGCGGGCAGGCGCUUGGUUCCUGUAGCAAAUGACUGCUACAUUGUGCUGCUCGACCAGGAUACCAAUCUGAUGCACAGCAUCUGGGAGAGACAGGGCAAUCGAACAGUGCGCAUGACCCAGGAGUUCCUGGAGUACCACGUCAAUGGUGAUGUGAAACAGGGCCCCAUUUCUGAUAACUACCUGUUCACACCGGGCAAGGCCGCGGUGCCCGCGUGGGAAGCUGUAGGAAUGGAGAUCGUGGUGGGACAGCUUGUGACUGAGAUCCGGCAGUACUUCUACAGGAACAUGACGGCCCGGGAUUAUACAUAUGCGAUCCGCUCCCGGCUCAUCCACGUGCCGCAGGAUUAUGACGGGGAGCUGCUCUGCCACCGCAUAGAGCAGGAGUACCGGGCCGGCCCCCUGGAGCUGAACCGCGAGGCUGUCCUGAGGACCAGCACCGACAUCAACAGCCAGCAGGUCAUCUACUCGGACAACAAUGGCUACCAGAUGCAGCGGAGGCCCUACCUUCCCUAUGUGAAUAACAGCAUUGCCCGGAAUUACUACCCCAUGGUUCAGUCGGCUUUCGUGGAGGAUGCUGAAAGCAGGCUUGUGCUGCUGUCGGAGCGGGCUCAUGGCAUCUCCAGCCAAGGGAACGGGCAGGUGGAGGUCAUGCUCCACCGGCGGCUAUGGAACAAUUUCGACUGGGACCUGGGCUACAACCUCACGCUGAACGACACCUCCAUCGUCCACCCAGUGCUCUGGCUUCUGCUGGGACCCCGGGCCCUCACCACGGCUCUGCACCAGAGGAGCGCAUUGGCACUGCAGCACAGGCCCGUAGUGCUGCUCGGAGAGCUGCCCGGGACUGCCCCGAAGCCCCCAGUACCCCAGCAGCAAGAGGCCGUGACACUGCCCCCGAAUCUUCACCUGCAGAUCCUGAGCAUCCCCGGCUGGCGCUACAGCUCCAACCACACGGAGCACACUCAGAAUCUCCGGAAAGGCCAUCAAGAGGAAGCGCAGGCUGACCUCUGCCGUGUCCUGCUGCGGCUCCACCACCUGUUUGAAGUGGACGAGGACCCGGUCCUGUCUCAGCCAGUGACGGUGAAUCUGGAGGCUGUGCUGCAGGCGCUGGGGACCGUGGUGGCAGUGGAGGAGCGCUCGCUCACAGGGACCUGGGAUGUGAGCACGCUGCGCCGCUGGAGCUGGAGGACGGAGUCUGGCCACCGCAGAGGUGACACCACCUCUCCCUCGAGGCCACCAGGAGGCCCCAUCAUCACCGUCCACCCAAAGGAAAUCCGGACAUUCUUCAUUCACUUUAAACAGCAGUGAGCCCUGGGCGGGUUUCCCUGGCUGUAGGGCUGCCCCCAGGAACUCGAUGUAACAGAACAGACCAGGACAGGGAAGAGCAGUGCAGAGGGACAGGACUGGGGAGUCAGCUGCUCAUCUGUCAGGCUGAUGGCAGCAAAUGAUCAUAUUUGGGGUUUUAUCCCUAAUUUUCUUAAAUAAAAAUUACAAGAUCCAGGUUCUUCCCUUCCCACACUCAAUCAAGCCAGCCCUCUCCUGUUCUCUCAUGUAAAGGAUAUUUGGCAUGCUCAUGCGUCAUUCAUUCACAAAAGACAAACUCAGGACGUUCUGCCUGAGGCAGAGCACAAGACCUGCAACAGUGCCGAAACAUCCCUGCCAUCUGGACCCUGCCAGGCUUGCCCAGGCUGCUGGUGGUAACUGUGGACCUACUGCGUGCCCUGUGCUUUCAUAGGCUCAUCCCAUGCUGGCGACAGCCCUGCAAGGGGCUUGGCUCUGCCACAGGGCAGGAGAGGAAGCUGUAGCACCCAGCCAGAGUUCCAGCCCCAGACGCCCACCUGUGCCCCAGGGCCCCGCCCAUCGAGCAGGGAAGGCACAGCAGUGGUCCAAGUCCAUGAAGAGAUGAAACCACACCGCAAGGAUGUCCAAUAUCAGAACUAUUGAGAUAAAGUGUAACCUUCCCAGGUCUAUGCCCAAGAGAAGUGAAAACCUCUUUUCACCCAAACCUGUGCUCCCGCGUUCACAGAAGCAUUACUCAAAAGUCCAACGGUAGAAGCAAACCAAAUGUCCAGCCGCAGACGAAUGAAGAAAUGAAAUGUGUUCUCUCUAUACAAUGGAAUAUUAUUUGGCCAUAAAAAUGUAGGAGAUUCUGACACAUGCCACAGCCUGGGUGAACCCUGCAAACAUUACAUGAAAGAAGCCAGACGCAAAAGACCACACAUUGUGUGAUUCUGUUUAUGUGAAAUGUCCAGAACAGGCAAAUCUAUGUAUAAGAGACAAAGCAGAUUGGUGGUUGCCAGGGACUGGAGGAAGAGAGAAGAGGCAUGACAACUAAUAGGGAUGGGGUUUCUUUGGAAGACGGUGAAAUCGUUGUGGAAUUAACAAAGACGGCUGUGCAACUUUGUGAAUAUACUAGAAACCACUGAAUUGUUAACUUUGAAAGAUGAA